CUUUUAAACAAAUAAUAUUCUGUGCAACAAAUACUACAUUCAAUAUCAGAUUUUUAUUAAAUAUAUAAAAUAAGAUCCGGACUCUUUCAGUAAACAUGGUUGAUGAUUUUCAAACUAUGGCUUAUGAAAAGAUAUAUGUGGAUAACAAUGGCAAUGAUGUGGUCAGUGAGAUAGAUAAAGAGAUGGACAGGCUCAGGAUUGAACAAAUUAAAGCUGAAUUAAUCCAGAGCUCACAGGAGUUUGAAACAAAAAAUCACCAAAUCAAUGGUUUCAUAAAGCAAGACCAAGAAUUGGAUUUGGACUCUAUAUUCCUAACAUGGGGUCAGCCCUCCAAUGACUACUCUCAGUCAAACUCAUCUCAAUUACAACCAGCGGUCGACCAAAUGCCUGUCCACCACAAUAUCGCCCAGACAUCAUACGCGCGCAACAAUGAGAGUCAAGAUUUCGCAAUCAAUGAGCAAUACAUACCUGUGCCACAGAAUUCGGCUUACAUUCCUCAUGAGAACUCCAUUUUACAACAACAACAACUACAACAUUCCCCACACCAUAUAAAUAAUGACAUACAGGCGCAUCACUAUAUCGGUACCAAUGAUAAUAUGUCAGCCGGUGUACCAAUUGUGCCAAUACCGGAAUUUAGAGAAGUACAGGUGCCGGCAAAGAUAAAGACGCACAGAAAGUUAGGCCGACCCCCGGAAAAUCCCAAUAGAAGAGUGUUGUCCCCCGUCAUCAAAAGAAUGAGAAUAGAGGCCGAGGAAAGGCGUCUACUGAUCAGAAACCAUGAGCUCAAAUGGAAAGUACAAUAUCUGGUGAAUGAAAUGCAGGCAUUGAAAGCCAGAUUUGUCUCACAAUACGGAUAUAUACCCAAUACGGACACCAUAUCACUAAACGGUGCAAACGGAAUGCCUGAUCAUAAAGUCAAGUGA